AUGGAUGAGUUUAUCAAGUUUCCAACUGGUCUAAAAGCCCAAGCGGUGAUGGAGGCCUUUGAAGAGAAAAAGGGUUUUCCGGGUGUUUUGGGGGCUAUUGAUGGCACCCACAUACCAAUCAAAGCACCACAUAACAAUCAUGAACAAUACAUAAAUCGCAAAGGUUUCUUUUCCGUCCAACUACAAGUCAUUUGUGACCCGGAUUUAUUCAUAACCGAUGUUUUCUGUGGUUACCCUGGUUCAGUACACGAUGCUCGCGUGUUUCGUAAUUCUCCGAUCUGCCGAGAAGUUGAAGUGAACCCAGACAAUUAUUUUCCUGGCAACUCCCACAUUUUGGGAGACGCAGCAUAUCCCUUUGAAGAGGUGGCUGUUGACCCCAUUUCGAGACAACGGACGUUUGACUGCUCAACAAAGACGUUACAAUACUGCCCACAGUUCCACCAGAAUGGUGGUUGA